AUGUCAUGUGAUAUUAACAUUUCUAGUCGUAAGAUUACUAAUCAAACUAGACGUAAAACUUUAAUUCAAACUUUAAAAGUGCUUGGAUUAUCUGAUUAUGAAACAAUGUCAAUUUCAUGUCAUAAAUCGCAAAAAGGAUUAGCAUCUUAUAAAUGUCUAAUUAAACAUAUACAAGAACUUGGAUAUCAAGCUUUAAAUAAAGUGAUUAAUUAUGAAGCAAAUAAAUCGUCUACUUUUAAUGAAUCAACUCAAAGGAAGCAAUUACAUAAUGAAUCAGUGCAAAUUAAUUUAUCUCAGGAUGAAUCUAUCCAAGAACUUAACGAACUUAUUC